AUGGAUAUACAGCAUUCACAACCAGCGGACUCGACAGUCCCGACCGAGCUGACCAUGCAGUCGCAAUACACGGCCAACACGGCCAAGUGCGCGGAGCUCCUCAAAGGCUGCGAAAAGAGAAACGAGCUCCUACCCCAGCUGAUCGACAAGCUUGUCACCGCCAAAGACAUCAAGGCCUACCAAAGAGUCUUUGAAUAUGUGCAUGGUGAACAUGGCCACUACCAGAAGGACCUCAAAGAGGCCGCAAAGCUUCUUGACCAGAACCGACUGGCCGAGAACACCGAGAUUGAGAGACGAGCUGCCAAUCAGGCUGCUACUCACAAAGCCCAAUACGAGACAAAGCUACAGGUAGAGAAAGAGCUCUACCAAAAAGAACUCGACAAGAUCAAGCAGAAUAUGUAUGACACUGUCAUCAAACGUAAAGCCAAGCUGGAAGAAUCAUACAAGGAAAGAAAUGAGGACUUUGCUAAACGCAAAGAAACAUCGGAAGCCUCAUUGAAAGACAAGGAGGACAAGCUUGCCAAACGUACAGAAGAACUGGAAGCCUCGUUCAAAAACAAGCAGGCCGAACUCGAAGCUUCGUACGCAAAAAAGGAACAGAAUCUCGAUGAACUCUACAAGGAACGGAACGCUCGAGUACAAUCCGAAGAGAAGACCCGAGAUUGCAUAUUAGACCAGCGAGAGCGAACGGCCAUAGGGCUGGAAGCGGACGCAGAAACUAGGAUGCAAGAGCUCCAGACGCUGAAGCAAGAGCUGGACAGUCAGAAGAAAGAGCUGAAAACAAAAGAACAGUGCUUCCACCGCGAGCGAGACGAGUUCCAAAAAAAAGUCGAGGAACAGACCAAGACUGAUGGUGAGCUAAAGAGGCAAGCAAGGGCUACUACUGACCAGCUAGAUGCUCGAGAAAAAGCGCUCAAACAAGCACAGGAGGCAUUUGACCAGCUUCAAGCCGAAAAAGAAAAGGCACUCAAACAGGAACGGAGUGACUUUGACAAGCUCAAGACUGAACAAGCAAAGGCACUCAGGCAGGCACAGAGUGACUUUGACAAGCUCAAGACGGGGCAAGAAAAGGUGCUCGAAGCUACCAAGACCACCUUCCUAGCCGAGAGUCUCGAGACAAUUGACCACGCAAAGGACAAUUUCAACAUUGGCUUGGGAAACGGGCUCGCCGCCCUUGCCAACCGAGUGCCUGACCUCAGAAGCAUCGAGGCGUGGAUCACAAACGGUGCGCAGACCUUUGCCUCCCAUCAGACUCGGAUCAUUUCCGCAAGACUCGAUCAAGCCAUGCGGCAAAGUAACGGAUCCGUUCGUCUCUGGGAAGACAAUAUCCGACUCCUGGAGAAAACCAGUCACCUGGAGCAACGGGUCAUUGAUCUAGAGAGUCGAAACACGGCUCUCGAACUGGGUAAGACCACGUUGGAGGAAAGCAACUCUGACCAAGCCAGGAGUCUUGAACUGGUGGAAAGAGAGAAGCAAGCGCUUGCCUCUUCUCUUGAGGCCAAAGUCCAGGCAUUGAAAGAAUCGGAAGGACAGAAGACGCUCUUGUCUGACCAACUGACAAAGGCGCAGGCACGGCUUGCCAUCAUCGAGGGUGAAAACAAAACCCUCGAGCAACGCAAGACCGAACUCGAGCGUCAGUGUUCGUCACUGCAAGCGCAUGUGAAAGAGCUUGAUGGUCAAAAGAAGAGUCUAUCCGACGACAAGGAAGCCCUCCAGAAACAGAUUGACUUGUUGGAGCGUCACAACAAGACUCUGUCCGAUGACAAAGAAGCCCUGCACAAAAGGGCCGGCCGGCUGGACAGUCAAAUCGAAACACUCCUUCGAGAUCAGAUCAAGCUUCGCGAUCAAGAUAGGACCCUCCUCAAGCAAAAACAAAAACUUCUAGAGCAGCUGGCCUUCUCGCAAGGCCAAAACUUGACGCUGGGUGAAAGCAAGAUCCAUCUCAAGGGCCAAAUCAAGGCUCUCUCCGUCGAAAAGACCACGCUACAAGGAGAGAUUACUCGCCUUCAGGGACAGGUUAGCCACCUCGAAGGUACUAACCAACUCACUGACUCCUUGCAGCAAGGUCUUUCCGCCGUCAAUGAACUCACAAAGAGGUUCGAAGAGGAGAAAGCGCGGCUGCAAACCGACAACACCGCGGCCAAGACCAAGACUGAGGGCCUGGAGGCCCAAGUCGACGUUCUCAAAAACGAGAACACGGGCUUGAAACAACGAGUUGCCAGCCUCGAGACUGAGAACAAGUCCCUCUGCGAAGCCAAUUCCACCUUGGUUGGCGAGAAGCAGAGACUCCAAGGUUCACUCGACGUUUACCAGCAGAGCAAUGAAAAAUUGCAGACCAAAUUUGACACACUUUCCGGACAGAACAGCGCGCUCAAGACUCUCAACAACCAAUGGGAGAAAAAGAAUGACGAUGUUUUGAGCGAGAAGAUAUCAACCACUAGAGAGCUCAAUGAUGUCAAAACAGAGCUCAAUGAUGUCAAAAGAGACCUAACUGAUGCACAAGCAGCAGCUCAGCUACAGACCGGAGAGGCUGCAGAACUCCGGAAGCAAGUCAAAGAGCUCACCGACAGUGUAACAAGAUCCACGGACAGGACCAAAGCUGCCGAGACAGCCAGCUUCAAGUCCAAGGCUGAGCUAUCCAAGGUCACUAUAGAGCUUGAACAAGCCAGAGAGAAGGUGUCCAAGCUCGAGACUCAAUACAAUUGUGCUCGAGACUUUACCGCCACGCUUGAUGAUCUUGUCAGAAAGUCACUCGAGGCCGCACAGGUAGCGCUGCCCGCCACACCAGUGGAUUCGCUGCUUUCUGCAUCCCGCAAGAGACCCAGGGAGGCUUCGCCCGACAGACUCGAAGGCCGUGGUGCGCCCGACAACGCUGCCGUUGUCGUCCAGCAAAUCUUGGAUGAUUUGAAGGACAUAGGUGCCAAGUGGAACUACAACGAAAUCACUCUUGCAGAGCUAAUGGGCCAUCUGAGCAUCCUUUGGAACGACCAUCAAGCUCGCGCUCACUGGCAUGACUUUAUACGUUCCGGUCAUCAAGGCUUUUUCUGUUUCUACAACUUGGUUCGCUCCGGAUAUGGACCGUCCUCGAGAUGCAAGAAGUACGUCAAAUGCGCUGUGGACAACCAAGACAUGCCGCCGUGUCUGCAUCUGGAUGUGAGCGGCACGACAUCGAAGCGUAAAACAGGGUUCAACAUCCCCACGGACGAUGUAGAUUACUAUGAGUGGAAUGAUUAA